AUGUAUCGAUCUAAAACACAAAUAUUUCUUCUUUUAACUUUGACAUUUGUUGUUUGUUCAUAUUGUCAAUUAUCUGUUAUAUCUCGAUUUGAACAAAAAGAUAAAUCAAUAACAAUAAAUGCGAGUAAUGUUUGUGCUUCUUGUUUAAAUAGCACGUGUAAUCUUCCAUCUGGUUAUUGUUUCAUUGAUGAUUUAUGUCUUCAAGAUGGUGAUUCUCUUUAUAAUUGUUUACAAUGUAAUUCAUCUGAAAAUCAAUUUGAAUGGUCAUUUAAUUCUCUAUGUUCACCUGGAAAUGCACGUUGUUCCGAUCAACAAUUUCUCUCUCAACAUAUUUGUGAUUUAUCAAUUAUCAAUGCAUUUUAUCAAGAUUUUCAAAGUGCAAAAGUUAAUUUAUAUAAUUCGAAAUGUUCACGUUUAUCUUGUCAAUCAGGUUUCUUCUUUUCAACAAUGACAAAUAAUUACACAAAUCUAUCCCAAACAGUUUCCUUUUCUUGUUGUCCAGGUUAUUUUUGUCCUGAUGGUCAAAUAUGUAUGAUACCUUGUCGUGAUGGUGCGUAUUGUCCAUCACCUUUAACACCCAAAAAUGGCUUUUGUCUUACUAAUGUUGAUUGUGCACAAAAUGCACCGAGUCCAUUCAGUGAAUAUGGAUGUGGUGGAUCGUCUGUUGAAGGUUUUUGUCAAUCGGGAUCUUAUUGUCCAAAUUCAUCUACGACAAUAUCAUGUGAAAACUUGAAUUCUGUAUAUUGUCCAUCUGGAAUAAUCAAACCAGUCGAAUGUCCAAGUGGAUUUACAUGUCAAGAUGGAAAACUUGACAACAAUCGUAUUUUUACCAUAUCAAUGGUUAUUGUUUUAGUUCCAUUAAGUCUUUUAAUCGGACUUCGUGUUCUCGUCAACAUUGGAUUAAUACGAUGUUUAGUUAGAAAAUGCGAACAUUGGAUUUCUUGUUCUUUAGAAAAUAUCAAUCAAAGAAAGAGAAAAUAUGUUGUCGAACAAGAUGAAACGAGUGAUUAUUUUAAGAUACUUUCUGAUCCAUCUACACAGAAGGAUUAUGGAUUUAAUGUUGAAUUAGAAAAUGCCAAAUUGAAUAUUCGAAAAUGGGUCAAAUCGAAUAAAGGUUUUACAUUUUGUAUUGAAAGUGGACAAAUCAAUGGUAUUAUGGGUCAAUCAGGUUGUGGAAAAACAAGUUUACUUUAUGCAAUUCAAGGAAGAAAAAGUUUACAAAAAGAAAGUACAAUUAUCUAUAAUGAUACAAAUACAAAGAAUGGUCAUUGGCAUCCGUUACAUACGUGCCUUUCUGAUAUUGUUGGUUAUGUUCCUCAAGAAGAUGUCAUGCAUUCAGAUUUAACUGUUUUUGAAACAGUUUAUUUCUCGGCAUGUUCACGAAGAUUGAAAGAUGAUAGAGAAACAAUUAGAAAUGAUGUUGAUUUUGUUUUAGAAAAAUUAAGUAUGACAAAUCAAGCAAAUACAACGACUGAAAAAUUAUCUGGAGGAGAACGAAAACGUGUUAAUAUUGCGAUGGAAAUUGUGGCUUGUCCGAAAAUUUUAUUACUUGAUGAACCAACAUCAGGUUUAGAUACGGUUAUUUGUGAUAAAGUAUUUGAUUUAUUAAAUAUUAUUAAACAAAAUCAAUUAUGUUCUGUAAAUAUUAUCUUAAUUAUUCAUCAACCAAAUUAUGAAUUAUUUCAACAAAUUGAUCAUUUAAUUUUACUUAAUCCUGAUUGUUAUUUAGCUUAUUCUGGUCAACGUCAACAUGCUUUAACACAUUUACGUCAUCACGUUCAUUUCCAUGAAGACAGUGACGAAUAUCAACAAAUAUACAAAUCAAUGAAUGAAUGUGAUUGUUGUAUUUAUGCAUUGGCUCAUUAUCCAAAAGAACACGCAAUUGAAAAUCCAUUAAAUAUCACAUUGAAAUGUCAAAAUCCGUCUAUAUUUAAUUUCAAACCGACAAAUAGACAAUCAAUCUUGAUGCCGAUCAUCUACAUAAUACAUCGAACAUGUGUACAAAUGUUUCGACGAAAUUAUGCAAUUGAAGCGAUUUAUGCUUUAGCUUUUUUUCUCUUAGGUUUAAUUAUUGGUCGUUUAUUUCGAGAAAAAGCGCAAUCAUGUGAUAUCAAAUCAUUACCAGCUAUUUAUUUCAUGAUCAGUUUAGGUUUUGGAAUGGCAACAUGUAUUUCAAGUCAACGUUUAUUUGGUAUUGAAAUGGUUGAUAAAACAUUCGUAAGAGAAACAAGAAAUUCUUAUCAUCCAAUUCAAUAUUGGUUGGCGAAAUCAUUUGUUGAUUUAAUUCAUUUAUUUCUUUAUCCUUUAUUAUUUUUAACAAUGUUAUAUAUUGAAAUCAUACCAAGAUCAACUUUCCUUGAAUAUUAUUCCGUGUUAAUUUCUAUGUCUUUCGCUUGUUCAGCUAUUGGACAAUUUGUUUCCGUUGCGUGUCAAAAAACGGAAAAUUCUUAUCUAGCAGCGACAUUAAUUGCUCUGAUUUCUUGUCUUAUCAGUGGUUUUAAUCCAACAAAAAGUCAAUCAUUACAUAGUUUAGUCUAUUUGUCAUUUUCGAGACAUGUUCAACGGCAACUUUUUCUUUUCGAUACGAAUAAAUUUGUUCAAAAUGCAUCGACAAUUAGUUUAUGGAAUACUCAAAUUGAUGCUUUAACUGUGACUUAUUCUUUUGAAGAUAAUGAAAGAUCAAUAGGUUGUUUAAUGGCUAUUGGAAUUCUAAUGCGCUUGUUAACGAUUGUUUUUCUUUAUGGAAGAUCCGAAUAUCGAUCGAAAUUUCGAUUUUAUUUAUCAAAAUUAUUCGAUUUUAUUGGUUAUCAACCGAGAUAA